GUUAGCGGAAGUAGCGCGAGUCAGUCAGUUCGGGUCUGUCUUACGCUGUCGGGAUAGCAGCCCGUCUCUUCCAGUAUCGGUCCAGACGCUCAGCAGUUCGGCAGCGCUAUGGCGGAGUUCAGUACCUCACCCAGCAGGCCCUACCACAUCGUCAUCUUUGGCGCUUCUGGCUUCACGGGGCAGUUCGUGGUGGAGGAGGUGGCCCGCACCGCAUCCGAGGGUCCCAAGGGGAAUCUGAAAUGGGCCGUAGCCGGCAGGAACAGAACCAAGCUGGAGAAAGUUGUGGAGCAGGCCGCCGGAGCUCUCGGCAAGCCGGAGCUGAAGUCUGAGGUGGAUAUUCUGGUGGCGGAUGUCGGUGAUCUGGAUUCAUUGGCUGCUAUGUGCAAACAAGCCGUUAUUGUGCUCAGCUGUGUGGGGCCUUAUAGGUUUUUUCCUGACCUUCUUUUGUUUGUGUGUGUGUGUGUGUGUGUGUGUGUGUGUGUGUGUGUGUGUGUGUGUGUGUGUGUGUGUGUGUGUGUUUUGCUGUAGUUCCUGGAGGGUAUGCAGCUGAAGUAUCAUGACCAGGCUGCUGAAAAGGGUGUCUAUAUUGUGGGAAGCUGCGGUUUUGACUCCAUCCCUGCAGAUAUGGGUGUCAUUUAUACCAGGGACCAGUUUAAAGGGACACUAACAGCCGUCGAGAGCUUUUUAACUGCAAGUGCAGGGCCAGAGGGUGGCUGCAUCCAUGACGGCACGUGGCAGUCGGCCAUCUAUGGCUUAGCCGAUAGCGGCAAUCUCCGGAGCCUCAGGAAGAAGUUCGGUCACAAGCCUCUCCCUCUGGUGGGGACUAAAAUUAAAAGGAGGGGCACGCUGUUUUAUAGUAACGAGUUGCAGCAAUAUACAAUUCCCUUCAUGGGUGCCGACCCAUCAGUGGUGAAAAGGACCCAGCGCUACUUAACUGAAGAACUCAAUGAGUCUCCAGUUCAGUAUGGGGCGUAUGUUGGUGUCGGUGGCAUUUCCAACGUUUUCAAACUCGUCUUCGCUGGAUUGAUGUUCUUUUUCCUUGUAAAGUUCAGCUUUGGCAGAAAUCUCCUCAUGAAGUUUCCAGAGUUUUUCUCAUUCGGCUUCUUCUCCAAAGCAGGUCCAACUAGAAAACAGAUGGAGGACUCCUCUUUCAGUUUCAUCUUUCUCGGAGACGGCUACACUGAAGGUUCAGACCCUAGUGAGGGCAAACCCAAUGGCAAGAUCCGCACUCUAGUCAAAGGACCGGAGGCCGGGUAUGUCGCCACACCAAUCGCUAUGGUUCAAGCGGCUCUUACCAUGUUAAACGAAUCGGAUUCUCUUCCAAAAACCGGCGGUGUGUACACUCCAGGAGCGACGUUCGCCAAGACCACCCUCAUCAACCGCCUCACCAAACACGGCAUUCAGUUCUCCGUCCUUUAAGUGAGAGAUUAAACAGGGCUUAACCGGUUUGGCUUUAACAUCAGUCUAUUCACAUGCUUGCUUGAGCGUAGAGAAGUCUUGUUGCUAUUUUUUUCCGGUUUAGUGUCCUCGCUUGAGCAUGGUACACUGGGAUGGGGUCGUAAGCAUGCACUCUGCUGAAACGGCUGGGAAAUUUGCACUAUGAGUGUGACGCACACACUCUUGAAAUCCUUCCAUUUGAUCACGUUUCAGAAUGAAAAUUUGACAUUUUUUGCCAUUGUUUUUAAUCACUAACAGAAAUUCUCGCAGAUGACAGACAUCUCUAAAAACAUAUUUAAAAGCACACCCAGAGCUGAGAGUAAUAUAGUUUGAGUAAGAGAAAGAACUAGUUUUUGUAUUAGUCAUGAGUGGUUUUAUUUGUGAAUCACGUAACUUUAGCAGAACAGUUUAAUACAAGAAAUGAGAGGAAAAAAAAUGUUUUAGAGACCAAUGAAUCUGUGAGUCGCUUGAAAGAUUGCAGAAUGUUGUUCUGGUUUGUUUCUAACUAAAUAAAGAACAUAUCAAACUCUA